CUGACUUUGAAGCAAAUAGCUGCCUUUCAGGACAUUCCUUGCAAAGUAAACAUGAUUUGACAGUUGCAAAGUUAGCAAAACUUCGUAGAGCAGUUGUCGUUGUUGUUAAUUAAGACAGUUAUGCCGUGCGUUGACGUCUAGGAUCGAUUUCUUUCUGAGAUGAGCACCUCUGAUAGUAGUGAUGAUCAUGCCUUGGCCGAAACUAGGCCAAUGCGUGAUAGUGGUACCUCAAGACUUCAUGAAACUGAUCUCACGUUACAAAGGACUUUGGCUACAUACCGCUAUGAGAAUGCCUUGGUCAAAACUGAGUUAGCUGCAGCCUUGGAGAGGCAUACAAGGGAAAUAAAUGAACUGAAGCUCAAGUAUCAAGCUCAGAUACGGAGGUAGAAAAAACAACAUGGAGGAAUGGAAAUUCAGCUUAAAGAGGUUCAGGAUAAGUACAUGGAUGAAAACAGACAACUACAGCAAACAAAUUUACAUCUCCAUCAGCAGCUCAAGAUUGCAGAAGAAGAAUUAGAAUCUGCAAACAGGGCAGUUGAAAAGUCAGUGAGAGACAAAUCCCAAGCUGAAGAACUUUGGCAGCAAAGGAUGCUUGCAAGCCAGACAUCUCUUCAGUCCCUUAAGGAGGAAAAAAAUCGUUUGAAAGAAGAUUUGGAGAAGGUGACAGGGGAUCUUGACAAAGAAAGAGUAACUGUGAGAGAAAUAACAACAACUCUCAACUCUGAAAGACACCAGCAGCAAUUAGUCAAGUCUCGUAUUAGCGAGGUAGCAGCACAGUGCAAGAUCCAGUUAACAGCAGCUCAGACAGAAGCCUCUCAGCUUCGCCAAAAGUUAGAACAAGAUGCUUCUGGGGCCACCAACAGAAUCAAAGAACUGAUGAACUUGCUGGAGGAGGAAAAAUCAGUCCUAGUUCGGGUCAAGGAAAGAGCCAGUGCUAAGGAGUUGGAGAUGGAAAAGAGGUUAGCUGAACAAAAACAGACUAUGCUUUCUAAUUCACAGCAACUUAUACAGCAGAAUGCAGCUCUGCAAGAUCGCAUUAAGAGCCUUGAAGCUACACUGAAUAACUUUGAAAGUAAGAGUGAGGCCAAAGUCAGCGAAAUAGAGGCCAAGGAACAGCGUACGCUGGAGAGGCUUCGUGAAGUGAGGGAGAAGGUAGUGCUGGAGGCCCGUGUCAUUUCCUUGGAGAACCUGGAAGUAUUGCUUCGGAAGGAGCGAGAAGGCAGCUCUGUACUACGGCAAGAAAUUCACCAACACCGUGCUGAAGCUGAGGAACUGCAGAGCUUAAAUGCUGAACUUCAUCAGCAAAUCAAACAUCUUAAGAACAAGGUUGAAGAGCAUGAAAGUGUACAAGAAACCAUUAAAAAAGAUGCAAAAAAAGAGCUUGAUACUGGGCGACUGAUGGCCGAGCAGCAGGCUUCUCACCAGGAGGAGUUAGACCAACUUCGUGCAAGAAUAGCAGCUCUUCAAACAAAUUUUAAUGACAGAAAUAAGAGCUAUUUAGAAGAAUGCACUCAGUUGAAACAGAAAGUUCGCACUUAUGCCAAGUUGAUAAAGAAGCUGCGAUAUAAACUAGAAUUAGGUGAAGUGCAAGUAGAGCAGUUGGAAGCACAAAGGUCUGUUUUAAAAGAUAAUGUUCCGUCCCACGUCUACCGUCGUCUAUAUUCGCAGCUUCAGGAUAUCAUAAGAAAGCACAAUGAAUUUGCUGCUUUCAUACGAGGGUUAAGUGAAUUUCAGUCUGCAUUGCCAGAAGGAGGAGGUACAUUACUGCGGUCUAGACUACAAACUGGCAAAGUGAGAAACAGUCUAUAUCAACUAUGUUUUGGCAGCACUUAUUCAUUGCACAACCGGCAAAGCAUAUCAGGACCCAAGAUGGAACGCCUCACAUCAACUACUAUGCCAGUUCAGCAGUGCAACAAACUCCAGUUAGCCGUCCAGACUCUUCAAGAUGUGGCUAUAUUAACAGCUCACAUCAACAAAAUAGAGUAUGUUAUCCACCAGGGGGAUGGGCAAAUAUCCUGCGUGUGACAGAACCAGCACGAGCAUUGCAGCUGGGGUUAAAUCUCCCUGUCACACUCAGACAUAUAUGGACAUCUAGUACAAGUUACAAAUCUGACAAAGUUCCUCCACAUGCUCCAGCUGUUGCACCAUGGGAAGCAGUCAAAGAAAAGAAAGAAAAGUUCCGAGAAGUUGGACAAGAUAUCAUCGAAGAUAUCAAGGAAACAAAGGCAAAAGUGAAAGAACAAAUGGAUGCCAUCAUUGAG